AAUAGGAAAGCAAGCGGGAAGCGCAGGAGUGAGGGAAUAAAAGCGUGAUUUGGCAUUGGCUUGAGAAGAGAAGAAAAAUGGCGAACAAGACGAAGAAAGCAAUGAGCCUCAACGAUAGUCACUAUCGCUUCCUCCAAGAUCACUCUGCUCCUCCCAAGCCCUCUUUCGAUGAAUCCUCCACCACAAACCAACAACACCAAAACAUCCCUCACUUUUCCAUAAUCACCGAUUUUGAUUCUCCAAUCGGGUUCAACACGGACGAACCAAACAAGGAACAACAACAAGCUUCAUCCAACGAUGUUCCCCAUCUUUAUGUUCAAUCUUCCGCUACUCCUAGGCAAAAUUCGGAUGAGAAACACGAACCGAUCAAGCUUCAAGAACAACAAGAAGCUCCACCUCACGUGGCUAUUUCUUACCCUAAGGAAGAAAAGAAGACGAAGGUGAAAGUGCAGGGGCGACGCCGCCUCUGCAAGGUUGUGCAUGAAGAUGCCAGCAAAAGUGUGGCAGUUGAUGAGUCCAAGUUUGAUGAACUCAUCGACCUUGAUUCGCCGGUUCCGGGCCCGAGGAACACAAUCCAGAUUGAGGAGAGUGGGGGCAAGAACGAAAUUAGGGAUAUUUUGAAUGAAUUGAACUCCAAGUUUGAGUUGUUAUCGGUUGAGAGGAAGCCGGCUCCGAAGCGUGUUGAGGGUUUGGUUGGAGGGAAAGAAAGUUGUGAUGACGAGGGUUUAGAGUAUGGGAGUGCAGGGUCUUCGUUCUCUCAACCACAGGAGAGCUUGUCAGAGGGUGCUAAGAAUGAUGGGAGUGGCGGUAUUGAGUAUGAUUCAGAUGACUCUGUUCAAGAGGUGGAUCAUUUUGAGCCUGAGAAUGAUGGGUCUAUAACUUUGACUGGCCCCAGAUCGACUUACAAGUUGCAGGCUAAAAUUGCAAAAAUGUUGUAUCCGCAUCAGCGGGAGGGAUUGAAGUGGCUCUGGUCUUUGCAUUGUCUGGGAAAAGGUGGAAUCUUGGGGGAUGACAUGGGUUUGGGGAAAACAAUGCAGAUGUGUGGCUUUCUAGCUGGACUCUUUCAUUCUCGUUUAAUUAGAAGGGUAUUGGUUGUAGCACCGAAAACCUUAUUGCCACAUUGGAUUAAAGAAUUGGCAGCUGUUGGUCUAUCCGAGAAGACAAGAGAAUAUUUUGGAACUUCUACGAAACUCAGAGAAUAUGAACUUCAGUACAUACUUCAGGACAAAGGAGUUCUUCUCACAACAUAUGAUAUUGUCCGCAACAAUUCUAAGUCCUUACGGGGGGAUAAUUAUUUUGAUGACGAUGAAAGUGAAGAUGGCACUACAUGGGACUACAUGAUACUUGAUGAAGGGCACCUUAUAAAGAACCCAAGCACACAAAGGGCUAAAAGUUUGCUUGAAAUACCAAGUGCUCAUCGCAUUAUCAUUAGUGGCACGCCUUUGCAAAAUAAUUUGAAGGAGUUGUGGGCAUUGUUCAAUUUCUGUUGCCCAGAGUUACUUGGUGACAACAAAUGGUUCAAAGAAAAAUUUGAGACACCCAUACUUCGUGGAAAUGACAAAAAUGCUUCUGACAGGGAGAAGCGUAUUGGUUCAUCUGUAGCAAAGGAACUAAGAGAUCGUAUUCAGCCUUACUUUUUGAGACGUUUGAAGAGUGAGGUUUUCAGUCAAGAUGACGAGCAAACAUCUGCAAAGCUUUCUCAGAAACAAGAGAUCAUUGUGUGGCUUCGACUGACCAGUGUUCAGCGGCAUCUUUAUGAAGCAUUUUUAAAGAGUGAGAUUGUUCUCUCAGCAUUUGAUGGCUCACCGCUGGCUGCCCUUACUAUUUUGAAGAAAAUAUGUGAUCAUCCGCUUCUGUUGACAAAGCGAGCAGCUGAGGAUGUGUUGGAAGGCAUGGAGUCAAUGCUAAAGCCAGAAGAGGCUAAUGUUGCAGAAAAAUUGGCAAUGCACAUAGCAGAUGUUGCAGACACAGAUAAGUUUAAAGAUGAGCAAGAUGUGUCAUGCAAAAUUUCCUUCAUUAUGUCAUUAUUGGAUAAGUUGAUCCCAGAAGGGCAUAGUGUGCUUAUAUUUUCUCAGACUCGCAAGAUGCUUAAUCUUAUUCAGGAAUGUCUACUAUAUAAAGGUUAUGACUUUUUACGAAUUGAUGGCACAACAAAAGCCAGUGACAGACUACAAAUUGUUAAUGAUUUCCAAGAAGGUGUUGGAGCUCCUAUAUUUCUCUUGACAUCUCAGGUUGGUGGUUUAGGAUUAACACUUACAAGAGCAGAUCGUGUGAUUGUAGUUGAUCCUGCUUGGAACCCAAGUACGGAUAAUCAAAGCGUUGACCGUGCAUAUCGAAUUGGUCAAAUGAAAGAUGUUAUUGUAUAUAGAUUGAUGACAUGUGGAACUGUUGAAGAAAAGAUCUACAGGAAGCAGGUAUAUAAGGGAGGAUUAUUCAAAACUGCUACUGAACAUAAAGAACAAAUUCGGUACUUUAGCCAGCAGGAUCUUAGGGAGCUUUUCAGCCUUCCAAAAGAAGGAUUUGAUGUAUCUGUUACUCAAAGGCAAUUGAAUGAGGAGCACGAUCGUCAAUACACAGUUGAUGACUCUUUCAAAGCACAUAUAGAGUUUUUGAAAAGUAAAGGCAUAGCUGGAGUUAGUCACCACAGUUUACUCUUUUCCAAGACAGCGCCAGUUCGAGCUGAUCCUGAGGAUAGGAAUCAUGGAACUAAAUAUAUUGGAACUUCAAGAUCAUCUUCAAAUGAGCAUAUUGCUGAUGGGACCGAGUUUGCAUUUAAUCCUAAGGAUGUUAGGACCAACAAAAAGAGUUAUUCUCCUAGCAGUGCUGGUAAAUUGACUGAGUCAGAAAUCAAGGAUAAAAUUAAUCGCUUCUCUCAAACACUGUCAAAUACGGCGCUGAUUUCUAGAUUACCUGACAAGGGAGAGAAACUACAGAAACGGCUUGUGGAGCUGAAUUUAGAGCUCGCUGAACUCGAGAGGGGAGAAACAAAUGUAGUUGAUUUGGAUGAUUUUACCACUGAAUUUCAACGGGUGUUAAAUGUAUAGCUUAUCCAUAAAAUUGUUACAACUGGUAUUCCCUUGGGUCGUUUGCUCAAAUACAAAAUGAUUUUGUUGGAAUCUACUUGUUGAAAGAAAAGAAAAAUAGAAAUGAUCGUUUCUUAAGGAAUCGAUACUACGAAACGUAUUU